AUAUGGACAGUAUUGCUUACUAAUAAUGUCUUUCUAACUUCUUUACAUCCAGCAGUUCAAGUUCAUACAGCGAUUACGAUUUACAUCUGCAGUGAAGCCAUAGAAGUUCAUCGGUAAAGGCAAGAAUUGCAAACAUGGAAGUGAAGGUUGUCAAAGAGGAGAAUGACAACAUGAGUGAGCCAUGCAAAGAGGAACAAAGAGACCUGGUGGAAGUCAAAGAAGAAAGCGAAGAGCUGAGUGAAGUGGAGAAACAUGAAUUUGUCACCGGAGAGCAUUCUUCUAAUAGCUCACAGAUAGAAAAGCCUGGAGAUGUCUUCACCUGCCCUCAGUGUGGAAAGAGUUUCAGAGUGAAAGGAAACCUUAAAGCUCACAUGAGAGUUCACACCGGAGAGAAGCCGUUCAAAUGCCCUCGUUGUGGGAAGGGUUUCAAACAUAAAGGACACGUUCGCACUCACAUUAGAAUCCACACCGGAGAGAUGCCUUUCAAAUGCCAUCAAUGUGGGAAGAGCUUCAAUGAAAGAGGAAACCUUAAGGCUCACAUGAGAUUUCACACCGGAGAGAAGCCGUUCAAAUGUGAGCAGUGUGGAAAGACAUUCACAACUAACAAGGGCCUUAAGACACACAAACAAAACUACACUGGUGAAUGUGAAAGGCCGUAUAGCUGCCGUCAAUGUGGAAAGAGUUUCUCAACAAAAAUAAACCUUAAAAAUCAUAUACUAAUUCACACUGGAGAGAGAGCCUUCACAUGCCAUGAGUGUGGAAAGAGUGUCAAAAGUAAAAGAGAACUUCAGGGACACCUAAGAAUUAAUUCUUCUGAGAGACCUUACUCAUGCAGUCAGUGUGGAAAGACUUUCAAAUGGCCAAAGACUUUCAAAAAUCACAUGGUCUCUCACGCUGGAGAGAGUCAGAUUAACUGUGAUCAGUGUGGCGAAAAAUUUAGUCUGGCAGAAAACUUACAGACACAUGUGAAAAUUCAUGCCAAUGAGAGGCCUUACUUGUGUUCCUUCUGUGGAAUGAGAUUUCCAUGACUGGACUAUUUGAAAGAGCACCAGAAACUACAUUCAGGUGUGAACACUCACGUGUGCUCCGAGUGUGGGAAUAUCUUCGCUAGUACCACCUGUCUGAAAGAGCACAGAAAAAUCCACAUAGGAGAGAAACCUCACAAGUCAGGAGAAAAACCUCACAAGUGUUCACAGUGUGGGAAGAGUUUCUCUCGGUCGGCACACCUGAAGACACAUGAGCGAGUGCACACAGGAGAGAAGCCGUACCAAUGACCUCUGUGUGGGAAGAGUUUCAGCACAUCGAGUGCUCGACUGAGACAUAGCACAAAUAACUGUCCAAAGCUGUCAGCGUUAGCACACUCCAUUUUCAAGUCUGACGUUUUUCAGUGCAGAGGUUUGAAAUCAGAUAAACUGCUCCUAAAUAAUAGAAAGUUAAUGCAAGCAUUCAAGUUUUUGAGCAGUCAAAAUUAUUUUGUUUCUGUUGAAGGGAUAUGCACGAAGAAAUGAAAAGUGAUCAUUCCAAGGCAAAAAGAGUUCUGUGUCCUGUUCAAAGCUUGACCAACAUCCUCAAUGAUCUGGUCAUAGUUGCUUUACAGUUCACUUUAAAAUGAAAAU